AUGAAUCUCUCGCUCGCGCUCUACCUCGCGGCAGCAGCUUGGCCCCUAUCUGGCUUUGUACAGGCAUCCGUAAACUGUCGACACAUCAACAUUCCAGUUUCUGUGUCUGUUCCACGUCUUGAGCUAAGCACUACCAUAGAGAACAACUGGGACGCGGCUGCUCUUACAUUCAACUUUACACGACGAGAUGUUGGCUCCCCUACGGCGCCGCUUCCCAUUGCCGGCACGUCAUCCACUCCUGUCCAAAACAAUUUCACCAUCAGCGCCAACCUUUGCGGUACCGGAAAAUCAAUUCUAGUACUAACUCAUGGGAUACUCGAGUCUUCCCUUUACUGGGGUCCUAAUUUCCCCGGCGGCGAGACUUAUAGUCUUAUCAACGCUGCUGUUGCCGCUGGCUACUCUACGCUCAGUUACGAUCGAGUUGGGGUAGCGUCAUCUUCUCCGGCAAACUCCCUCACAGAAGCUCAGUUUGGCGUAGAGACUGCCAUCCUCAACCAUCUCGUUCACUAUGCGCGAACAACCAUUUCUGCAUCCAAGGUGGCGCUCGUCGGACAUAGUUACGGAGCAUACCUUUCAGCGGCCACUGCCAGCCAAGUAGCGGUCGAUGCUGUCGUGCUGACUGGUUUCAGCGGCACGUUGCAGUUUUUUUCGCCGUUUGUUGCUGGAAGCAGUUUACGCGUAGCCAGAAUCCAAGAUCCUCUCCGCUGGGGGCACCUCGAUUCGGGGUAUCUCACGUCUUCGGAUGUUUACGUCGAAGCGUACGGCUUCUUUGCCGCCCCAUUCUUUGAGCAUCGGGUUGCCGAAUGGAACUUUAAUGUGGACAGUCAGCCGUUUGGCGUUGGCGGACUCCCAUCUCUGCUUGCAACCGAAAUUCCGUAUGGCAAUAUAACUGCGCCAGUACUGGUCCUACAAGGUCAAUACGACUUGCCUUCUUGCGGCGGUAAUUGUCUUGGUCUACUUAAUGGCACAAGUGAGCUUUUCUCGAACGCCAAAGUGGUAGAAACUGUCGAUAAUUUGCCAGCAGGUUUUCUCCAGGCACAACAUUAA